UCUGACCUCCAUUUCUUUUAUUCUCUGCAGUUGGUCCUGAGAAAAGGGUGCCAGCAAUGCCUGGGUCGCCUGUGGAAGUGAAGAUACAGUCCAGAUCCUCACCUCCCACCAUGCCACCCCUCCCACCAAUAAAUCCUGGAGGACCGAGGCCAGUGUCCUUUACCCCUACAGCAUUAAGCAAUGGAAUCAACCAUUCUCCUCCUACCCUCAAUGGUGCCCCAUCACCACCACAGAGAUUCAGCAAUGGUCCUGCCUCUUCUACAUCUUCUUCGCUAACAAACCAGCAGUUGCCAGCCACUUGCGGUGCUCGGCAGCUCAGCAAAUUGAAACGCUUUCUCACUACUCUGCAACAGUUUGGCAAUGACAUCUCACCUGAGAUUGGGGAGAAGGUGCGGACUCUUGUUCUGGCAUUGGUGAACUCAACAGUGACAAUUGAAGAAUUCCAUUGUAAGCUCCAAGAGGCCACAAACUUUCCUCUUCGUCCUUUUGUGAUUCCAUUUCUCAAGGCUAACCUGCCCCUGCUGCAGCGAGAACUGCUACACUGUGCUCGGGCAGCCAAGCAGACCCCAUCCCAGUACCUGGCUCAGCACGAACACCUUCUGCUCAACACAAGCAUCGCAUCACCUGCUGACUCUUCUGAGCUGCUCAUGGAGGUACAUGGAAACGGGAAGAGGCCCAGUCCAGAGAGGAGAGAAGAGAAUAGUUUUGAAAGAGAUACAAUUGCUCCUGAGCCUCCUGCCAAGAGAGUGUGUACCAUUAGCCCUGCUCCCCGGCAUAGUCCUGCUCUCACUGUACCCCUCAUGAAUCCUGGGGGCCAGUUCCAUCCUACUCCUCCACCUCUUCAGCAUUAUACCUUAGAAGAUAUUGCAACUUCACACCUGUACCGGGAACCCAACAAGGUGCUAGAACAUCGAGAAGUGCGUGAUAGGCACCACAAUCUUAGUCUAAAUGGAAGCUAUCAAGAUGAGUUGGUAGACCACCGUUUGACAGAAAGGGAAUGGGCUGAUGAAUGGAAACAUCUUGACCAUGCCCUGAAUUGCAUUAUGGAAAUGGUAGAGAAGACGCGGCGCUCCAUGGCAGUUCUGCGGCGCUGUCAGGAAUCUGAUCGUGAAGAGCUCAACUACUGGAAAAGACGAUAUAAUGAAAACACAGAGAUGAGGAAAACAGGGACCGAGUUGGUCUCCAGGCAGCACAGCCCUGGGACUGCAGAUUCUCUCGGCAACGAUUCUCAGAGGGAAUUCAGCAGUAGGCCAGGUACAGGAUACGUACCUGUGGAGUUUUGGAAAAAAACGGAAGAAGCUGUGAAUAAGGUGAAAAUUCAGGCCAUGUCAGAAGUACAGAAGGCCGUCGCUGAGGCAGAGCAGAAAGCCUUUGAAGUGAUUGCAACAGAGAGAGCUCGAAUGGAGCAAACCAUAGCGGAUGUCAAGCGGCAGGCGGCAGAGGACGCCUUCCUCGUCAUAAACGAGCAAGAAGAAUCCACAGAGAACUGCUGGAACUGUGGCCGCAAAGCCAGCGAGACAUGCAGUGGCUGCAAUAUCGCACGGUACUGUGGCUCUUUCUGCCAGCACAAGGACUGGGAGCGGCACCACCGCCUCUGUGGCCAGAACCUGCAUGGCCAGAGUCCCCACAGCCAGAGCCGGCCACUGCUCCCUGGGGGGAGGGGCUCAGCCAGGUCUGCCGACUGCAGUGUGCCCAGCCCAGCCCUGGACAAGACCUCGGCAACCACCUCGCGUUCCUCAACACCUGCCUCUGUGACAGCCAUUGACACCAACGGACUCUGAGCCCAGAUUCUACUUAUCCUGGUGACCACCCAACAUGACAGGACACUUACAUCGGGGGGCUGGCUGUGGGAACCAGUGCUAGUAGCUGUUGAUCAUCAGUAAGGAAUGCAAUGGAGGCAGAAGGAGUCCAUGGCCUCUCCCAACACUUGUCGUCUGUGUCCUUGUGGAACAAGUGUGCCAGUCUCUCUGCACACAGGCAGCUGGCCUGAGCUGCCUCCUCCAUGGCUUUCCUGGUUUGUUCCUCUCCCAGCCAAAGCUGGCUUAGCCAGGUCCCUUUCGGUGUAGACCACCAGCUCCCCUCCCUGCCUCCAUUGAGUCAGCAGACUGUCAAGUGUGCCCAGUCUUCAUGUGGCAGAGGCCUGGAUGCUGGCCUCAGGCUGGAGAGGAGGCCCCCCUCGGACGGACGGGGGAGUCGUCCCUCUUAUCCUUGAACAGCUCCUUAAGCCCCAUUUCCACCCUUGGCAGAUGACACUGGUUGGCCUCACGGGGACUUGGGCAGGCAAAAAGUGGCACUCAGGACUCCCUUCUCAACCUUCUUGUUCAGGCUUGUUAAGAUCAGAAUCAAUAGGAACAAAGUCACCAUUUCAGUAAAAGCACCCAUAACAGGAAAAAAUAAAUAAAACUUCUACCAAGCAUCACAGAUCACUUGGGACAAGAUUUUUCAACCUGGCUGGCUACUUUAGUGUGGGACCCAUUUUUUUCUCUCUCCUUUGAUUUUGCUUGUGCAGAAAAUUGUUUCCAGCGCAUGGAUCAGUCUGAGAGAAUGCGACUGCGCCGUGGAUAGUCUGUUCUCUCUGAGCAUGUUGGCCAAACUAGUAUUGUCAAAUUAUUGAGUGGAUCAUCUCUUGGAAUUGCAGAGCCUUCUGCCACCACUUGACUGUUUGCACAGUUGUCUUGUUCUGUGUCCUUUUAUCUCUCAGACUGUGCACGUCUGGAUCACACUGGCAUCUUCUGCCAUGGGUUCUGUUUGGCACUUGCUGAGCUGCAGUUGUCCUGCUGAAUGUGCCGUGGUGUGUUGAUAGGAUUCGCCCCACCUGUCAAGGCCUGGUCUCAUCUGAGCAGCCCUGCUGGACAUGAAAGAAUUCUACAAACCUCAUAGCUCCAUGUCAUUAUGGCCUCAAUGUUGAUUUAUUAUCAGACAUACAAUCUCCAUUUCCUUUCGCUUUUGUUAUCUGAUAGCUUCCCACUUUGAGCCCAAAAAGGUUUUGUGAAAUGAGAGAACCAUUUCAGGAAAGCCUGACCAAUUUUCCUUCCCAUCUUCAGGGAGUUUUCCAGCGACUUACCUGGCUCACCAAACAUGACAUCACUUAUACUCCUUUUAAAUGUUAUUCUUCCCUGCCAUGUAGGUUUUGUUGGGAGCCCGAGGACCCUGACCCACUCUACACAUUCGAGCUUCUGGCAAGGAAUCAGUUGGGUUGGGUCGGUUGGCCCUAUGGUGGCCGGCCUUGGGAACCUAGGUCUAGCUCCACCUUCUGUGCACUGACCAGAGUCUGAAAUAAAAGCUCUCAGUACCAUAAAGGAAAAGGAAUUAGCACAGAUAGCCUUAUCCUUGCACGCAGGUGUAUUUUACUUCAAGUCCCUUAUUUACCAUAACCAAGGAUUUUUAGUCUUAACAAAGAAAGCCAAUACAAGGCACUCUUUAAAUUCCUGGAUUUCCAUUGCCCAAAGUAAGGUGUAACCAGAGAAAGAAUAACAGAGAAUAAUAUUACUUUACCAUGGAAUGUGUAAGACCCACAGUUUUCUAGUCAGCCUGAUACCUUGGGUCCCCUCACCCCCCUAGUCAGUGGGGCAGCCUAACUUUUAGCAGGGAUGUAGUCAGUACCCCAAACCGCCUCUACAGCAGUUAUAACAAGAGAUAUCUCGUGAUAUACACUGGGUCUGUCCUUGGCUUACUGUUUUUUCAUUGAUAAGUUGAAUGAAUACUUAAGCAGAUUUUGGGGUUUUUUUUUUUUAUUUCUUUCCAGAGACUGAGUCUGCUC